GAAAAGAACACAACAUUCAAUUCACGGCGCAAGCAAGCGGUUUGACGGUGGCCACCGUGCCUUGGUUCGGUUAGUUCGCAAAACAGCUCGGAACGUCGUAGCUGCCAGUACGUGUAGUGUGCGCCUCCGGUCGGUUUGUUUGUCGGGCUGCUCCCGGCUGUGUGUGUUUUUUUCUUUUUUCGAAUGUUGUUGGAAGUCAGAUCGGAUGACAGACAGUUCGGUGAUCGAUGGUUUGAAACUAGUGUAAAUCUUGUGAGUGACGGUGAAUUUGCAGGUUAAUUCGUUCGUUGCCAACUUUGUUGGUAACUGGAAGUCUGCACUAGCAAAGAGGUUAGAGUACUACUGAACCCAAAAACAAGAGUAGAAGAACACCCAACUAAUCGAAUUUGUAGCUGAAAUGUUAUUUUAAACCCUUUCGAAAAGAUGUUCAGAGAGUAAAAAAGACAGACAGCGAUUACAGAAGCUACCUACUUUAUCUAAAUUUCAGUGAUUCCAUCAGUAAAACUGAUCGACCUCCUCGCUCUCUGUAUUUCUGGUCGGCAGGUGCUGUGACCCCACGGCGUUUCUGUUUGUGCCAACCUGGUUCAGUGUGAAGUUAAGAAAAUAAAAGAAAAGUUUGCACCUAAGAUGAGAUUUGAUCGGUGUUGCUCCUUUUCCGAAGGAUUUCAAUAAAAAUUCAAUACCCGGUGCCACACACUCGCAAAAAGAGGAAGCAACAACAACGAAAUAACUAAACUAGUAAAUUACCGCUCCGUAUCGGAUCGCGAAUAAACGCGAGAAUUUUCUUUUCAACAGUCGCUUGGUGAUUUGUGGUGAGCGGCAAUUGACGGGUAACAUAAGAAGAAAAAGAAAAGUGCUGAAAGUGCGAAGAUUUCUUUCAUUCAUAGUGUUUUUUGUUUGUUUUCGAAGUGAUUUUUUUCUAUUAUUGCGCCACUCAAUACUUGUUGUUGUUGUUGUUAUUGUUAGAAGAAGAAGAGAAAGCUGUCAUUUGUUUUGUUUCCGUCGAGUGAUAAAUCGCGACAAUUUAGGCAAUCUAUUUACACUCUGUCAGCAGAGGAGCUUGCCUGCCGUUUCAUGUGAGAGGAAACCAGCCAGCAGGAUUUUCGGUCAACAAAGAAAAGCGUGUCCAAGGUCGACCGAAUCAACUCCGAAAGGGCGAAAUCCUAGGAAAUCAGUUUUGUUUUUCCUGUCCGACGCGAUUGAGUUUUGAUAAACGCUGAGACUGUCUCGGUUUUGGUUUGAGCAAAGAGUGAUUAGACGGUGUGUGAGAGAGAGAGAAGGAUUUUCGAACGUCGCAAUUUCAGUGCAAUUACUUCAGUCAAGCCAAGCAAACAGCCAGCCAGUCAGUCAGUCAGUCAGUUAGUGGUGGUAUGCAAACUAAUGGCGGGGGUGGUCCCGAUGAUUCUGGUUUCGAAGUGUCUCUGAACUGAACCGGAGAGGAGUCGAUCGGUAACCGUCAGUGAAGUGAGAAUACACCGAGCAACGGCGUGAGAGUGCAGUUUUGUGCAAUUGCGCAUAGUGCACCCCAUCAUCAACGUCAUCAUCAUCGUCUUCGUCGGAGGGCAGUCAGGUCGGUAUUGAACUGACUGAACUAUUAAAGAGCUUCUGCUGCUGCUACUACUAGAGCAAGUGAGUGCAUCCGUGCAUCGGUCGGCUAGGGGAGAACGGGGGUUCCGACACCCCUCGCAAAAAAAAAACCGCCGAGCAGCCAAAAUGCUCUCCUAUAUGCUACCAGUUGAGGAAAAAUCGCCCUCAGUGACGGCGGCCAGUGCUGCUGCUGCGGCGCGGAAUUUGAGCUUGAAUCUGAAUAAUACCAAACCGAGUGGUGGUUCCCCCGGGGCCGUACUGUAUCCGGAAGGUUCCAAAGCGUCCAAGGAUUUAACACUCGGAACUGCUGCCAGUGGUGGAAACAAUCGACCUAGUUCCGGUGGCACCAAUGGGAAAGUGAUCAAAUCGGCCAUCAAAACCAAUCACCGCUAUCAGCUGGUUUCAUCAUCCGGUUCGGGUUUGAUUGAGGACAGUGCUGGCAAGAAAAAGUUCGGAAAACGCAUCGGUGACAGUGCCGUGGGUCGUCCGAGUAAUAAUCGGUCGGAAGAUUUGAGUGAUGAACACACCAGGCUGCUUGGUGACGGUGACGGUGGUGGUGGUGGCGGCGGCGGUGGUGGAAGCGCUGUUUCGGAAAGUGUGAAAAGUGAUAAAAAUUUCAACAAUCUCAUCCUGGUCAACGGGAACGUCAAUGGGAAGCUCGCGAGUGUGUUGAAAAAUUCCUCGCUAAAGAAUGGUGGAAGUGGCAGUGGUGGUGUCAUCGUCGGUGCUGGGUUAGUUGGUAACGGUGUGAAUGGUUCGUACGGGGCUGAAAACGGUGGACCCCUGAAGGUGGCAAUCGCGACCAGUCACAGCCACAAUGGCUACAGUGCGGUGAACAAUUGUGAAGAUGAUGACGACGACGACAACAACGACGACGACGACGACGAAGAAGACGGUAGUGGUAAGCCGAUACGGGAAGGAUUCGAUUUGGUCGCGUCCAAAAAUCGCAAAAAUUCCACCCAAACGAUCAACAACGGUAGUGGCAAAAUGAGCACCAGUGCUAGUGUAACCCGGAAUCUGAACGGAAUCAACGGUAAUCAGCAGCCGCAGCAGCAAUCGUCGGUGGAAACACCGAGCAGUGGCAUCAUCGUGGAUACCAGCGAUGCCGACUCGGAACAGACCGGCGGUGGGGGUCCCGGAUCCGCUGACGGUUCCGGCGGAAAGAAGGUCAAGAUGAACAAGCUUGGCGGCAGCAAGAAUGUGACGCUCAAGAGGGUCUCAUUCGGUUCAUCCAAGGGUUCGAUGGUGGAAACGCUGGUCUUCGAAACACCGACCCCGCUGCCGGAGCAUGCCGAGCGGGAAUUUUUCCAUUCUCCGGCGGUGCUGGCCGGUGCCGGGACAACUGUCAACACGGUCCAUCAUCAUCAUCAUCACCAUUUUCCUCACUAUCAUCACCAUCCACAGCAACAGCAGGACAGCAGUCUAGUAGGCCUUGAUGAUAGCGGAAUCGAGCUGCAGGAAGAGGUCGAACGUUCCAAAGUGCGUGUAUCGUUUUUCCAAAGCAGUAAACCGCAAUCGAUAAGCCCCCCGGAAUCGUUGCUGUUCGGUGGAGGCCAUAACUUGAUUCACUUCGGUGGACCCGGUGGCGGUGGCGGUGGCGGUGGCGGUGGCGGUGGCGGCAGCCUAGGAUAUGAUAACAAUAACUCCCUGCUAGACUCAUCCUACAUCAGCUCGGCGGCACUCAAUCAGCAGUACGAUUCGUUGCUCGCCGGUAAUCAUCAUUAUCUCGAGCAGCAUCCCGCAUUCAAUCCGGACGAUCCCGGCAGCAUGGCGGCAGUGAUGGCCUACGAUCAGCAGCAGAUGAGCACCGAAUCAGGAUGGGACAAUCCGUUCCGGCCCGGUGGAGAUCUGUCGCGGGAAGCAGACGAAAUUGUCAAUCUUAUUAAAGGUGGCAAACCAAUCACACCGACCGGCGAUCAGAGCCUGCUGAAUGGAAGUGCACCAAAGGACAGUAGCCACCAGUCGGUGGAAAACGGUGGCAGCACGGUCGUAGAUGGCGUUGCGACAAAGAUCGAUUCGACGCAACUCCAGAGUCAACCCAACGGUACGAAAUCUCCCCAGAAGGAUGGACCAACCGGCGGUGCCGGUGGAGUUUCACCGCAGAAGAACGGUUCUGCGGCGGCGGCACAGCCGCAAACGGCGUCCAGCCAGCAGACCCAAGUCAGCAAUCAGGUGAUACCGGGACCCCAGUCGGCGUCGCACGUCGUUAUCGACGAGAAGAAGAAGAAAAAGUGCGCCUGCUGUGUCAUUCAGUAAUCCGGCCGGCCGGACAGUAGUCGGUUGGGGGAGAAAAAAAAAAACGUCUGGACCCAGGUGUUUUUUUUUUAAUAAUUUUACGACUAUUGUUUUUAUGUCUUUAGAGAGUACUUUUUUUCUGUUUAUUUAACGCUAAAGUGACUAGAUUUUACACACAUUCUCAUUAGUAACUGACAAGUGGAAAGUGGUUCUUCGAGGCAGCCGCGAAGGAAGCAAGCUAAGAAAAGUAUAUCAUUGUUUUUUAUACUUCUGUGAGUGUAACUAAAUUAUUUUACCUAGGGCAAGAGUCAAACCGUUCGCAAAGAAUUAUAUUGUAUAUUGUUAGGGAUAUCACAAAUGAUUGGAGUCCGGGAUUGGAAAGAUAGAGCGAACGAAAGUAAGUGCGAAAGUGUCCGCAUGUGAGUAAACUAAAAAAAAAACAAACAGUCUAGAGUAGGCAUCUCUGUGUAUCUGUAAAACGCAUGUAACAGUUAAUUGUAAAAUAGGACAAAUACUAGUGCUUCUUCGGGAACCUCCGAUGGAGAAAUAUUAGAUUCUGGGAUCCAAGGGACGCGAACAGACGAAACUCGGAACGGAGGUUUCGAAAACUUUGUUUUAUACGUAGGAUUUUAAAUCAAAGAACUCACGUUUCUUUACUAUUAUUUAUACGCCUAUAAACCAUAUUAUUCACUGGUAAAGUAAAAUCAGCAAGCUAUAAUCAUGAAAUUGUUUUUAUAUUAGACUUUCGUUCGAACCGGCGACCCACGGAACAGUUGGAAUAAUCAAUGAUAUUGGCUAUUUUUGGCCAGCCUGACAGGCGAAGGAAGGCACAACUUUGACUUUUUGAAGGCCGGAUUUUCGACAUUUCGACUCAUCUUUCGUAUCGGUGAUGGAUCCACCUUGCAGCAGCGUGGAUUCUAUUUAGUUAAAAAGAAACGCAUUUGCCAUCAAAAACAAACACAGAAAACUACUGGUCGGGUCUGUACAUUUCUUGCAGCAAACAAUUCUUGAGUAGAAAAGUAGACCCCGCAGACAAAGCGUCAAUGACCCGGACAAAGCGAAGUAUAACCACGCUCUAGUUGAGGUUGAUUUGAGGCACAGAGAAUAUUGGUUUGGUCAAUGGUUUUAGAACGCGACAGGAACGGGGAAAAUCGAUUCCGUUUUUUUUUUGUUUCUGAAAAACUAUUACUCAGUAGUAGUAGGCUUGGCAUUUUAUUUUUACCACCUGGACACAAGCAUGAACUUCUUCUAGCUGGCAUCCCAUUCUCAAUCGUCUCGGUUCGGUGUAACAAAAAGAAAAAACAAACUUAGUAGGCUAUGCUGACAAAGCAAACAAAAUCUAUUUAGAAAAAGAGUUGAAGAAAAAAAAAUCGUACAUAAACAGAACCACGUGAUUAUUGUUAGUUGAAUCAAAAUAAGAGAAUAAUGUUUAAAAUUUGUCGAAAUAGUUUAAACAAACAAACCAGACAGGCUUCAUGUGCUAUCCAGGAAGAGGAGAAACCACAAACAACCGGACCUGCUGGCAAAACAGUUCCAUGCGCCGCUUGCCGCUCCGCACGCUGCAGGCCACUUUGCUCUCCGUUUUUUUUUUCGAUACAAACACAUUGCAAUCGGUACUGCAAAUUACAAAUACAACAAAAACAGAAAUAAUAAUGAUAAAGAAAUAGAUUCGGUAGGAUUUUCUCAAAUAACAAAAUAGCAGAACAGUUUGCGCAGAAGAAGAAGAAGAACCGAACUACCAACUACAACUACCGCGCAGUUUUAGCAAGCCGGAAACUCUCUUCUAGCAUUAUGAACUGUACUAUUUAAGCAUAAAUAUACACAAAAGCAUUAGAAUCACACACAAGAAAAAAAAACAGAAAACCAUCAGCGACUAAUUCAAUUUGACGAAUAUCUAGUGAAUCAUGGCGGAUGACGAAUAAGAACCGAGAAUACAAACCCUAUUUAAGAGCAACUAUAAGAUCAUAUUUAUUGAAAACAACCAGAAAAUAACAAACAAAACAAAACAAAAAAAAAAGAAAAAAAUAAUCGUAUAUAUUUUCGUACUAAACACAAAACAAAUCAAACUAAAGACGAGACUCUGCGAGCGUCGGGGGGGUUGCGGUGAGUUGCGGUAGAAAGCUUCGGUCAGGGUCAGGUCAGGUCUGACCUGACCCUGACCGGGAGGGUUCUUGAAGCCCGAUUCGAAUGGUAUCCUGCUUCCUUACCGGAUAUGUACAGAAUAAUUUGAAGAAUUGAAACGCCAAGCGACGAUACAAACAAAAAAAAAAACGACCCAGGCAAGAUUCCAUUGGGUUUUCUUCGGGCCAGAACAGUUUCGAUCGAGUCGAAAACCCGAACGAAAUGAUGUUUCUUGAGUAAUCUGCUUGCGCAUACGCGCUGCAGAAGCCACUGAGAGGAAGAGAGAUGAGCAGUUCAGGAAGAUCGAAAUUUAAAAACAAAUACAAAAGGUAAUCUAAAAAAAAAAUCGAUAUAAAGAAAUCUGAAGGAAAUAAAUCAAAUAAAAAUAUCA